AUGGGCAUCACAGCGAUUGCAGUAGUCGACGCCAGCAGCAGCUCGAGCGACAGCGGCAGCAGCUCCAGUGGAAGCGGCAGCAGCACCGCCACGGAUCGCAGCUUGGUCAAGUUGGAGACCCGCUCAGGCAUCCGGCCGUGGGUGGACCCGGACACGCCCGAUGACGUGCGGACGUACGUGUCUUCGCGCGGAGACACCUGGGAGCUCAUUAUGAGCGACGAGUUCGGGGACGUGACCCGCAACUUCUCGGCCGGGGGAGAUCACAUGUGGACGUCGAUGGAGAUGCCCGACGGCACCAACGACGCACUGCAACUUUACUCACAUAACAUGACGUCGGUUGAGUGCGACGACUACCUGCAGAUCAAGUCCAUCGACGAGGUCGACGACAUCACAGUCUGGAACAGCUACUUGCGCCCACCGGCGUGCCAGAAUUCCACCUUCUACUAUCGAUCGGGUAUGCUCCAGACGUGGAAUAAGUUCUGCUUCCAAGGUGGCAUGCUGGAGGUGGGGCGAAGCUGCCGGCCGUUCUGGGCAAUGACAGCGGUAACCCUAGACAUUGGCAAGGGGAGCAACGCGCGCGCGGAUAACACGCAGUUCUAUCCGACGUGGCCUGGAAUCUGGUUAAUGGGGAGCCUCGGUCGCGCGCUCUUCUCUUCGUCGACAGCCCGCAUGUGGCCAUUCUCGUACAAUGAGUGCAACGACACCGUCUUCAACUCGAGCAACCAGCGUAUCAGUGCGUGUGACCCCGACCCCGGUCACGGAUUGAACCAAUACCAGGGCCGCGGUGCUGUCGAGAUCGAUCUAAUGGAAGGUGGCGGCGUCGCUAUUUCGUCUUCGAUCCUGAUUGCACCAGGAAUGCCCGCAGACUACCGUCGGGCGGCGAUUAACGAGACCCUCGGCGACUGGAGCUACUGCACGUACAGCCAGGAGUGCGCUACCAUCGGUGCCAACUUGCCGGGCGUCCAGACAGAGUACUACAAGGAGCGUGAUCACCAGAGUUGGUACCAAGGUCUACGAUAUGGCUCGAACAACUACUGCGUCGUCGACGGCAAUGAUACGCAGUCGUAUUCGCUUGUCACUGCUGGAAUGAAGAAUAUCACGGCGAAUAAGUGCGGGCUGCUGUAUUGUCCGGCCUCGAACGACGUUCUGUCACACAAGCCGAUGCGAAGACCCGAAGCUUGA